AUGCAGAUCACUCAAGUCCUCUUCUCUACUCUCGUCGCUGCCUCCGCGGUCAUGGCCGCCCCGGCCGAGACCAGCAAGAACAUGAUGGCCGCCAGCCCCCAGUGGACCAUCCGCAACCUCAAGCGCGUCUGCAACGGCGCCGACACCUCGUGCACCUGGAACUUCGGCAUCCAGGUUGGCACCGCUGCCACCAAGUCCUGCACUUACGUCGUUAAGGGCGCCACGGCUUCCGAGCGUAACGGUGGCCCCUCUGCCUGCGGUGUCUACACCAUCACCUCCGGCUGGAGCGGCCAGUUCGGCCCUGACAAUGGCUUCACCACCCUCUCCGUUGUCAACAACGACUCUCGCCAGAUUGUCUGGCCCGCUUAUACCGAUAAGCAGCUCGAUGGCGGCAAGGUUGUCAAGCCCGACCAGGCUUACUCUCCCGCUGCUCUGCCUUAG